AUGCAAAUACUUGUGACAGUCAGAAAUCGACGUUCAGAAAGGAACGGUAGCAGCAGAAAGGCGCAAAAUUUUGUUAUUGAUCUGGAACCAAGUAACAGUGUACAGGAUGUUACUCAGGAACUGUCAAAAAAAGUGGAUGUUCCCAGUUCUUGUAUCAAGUUGAUCCUUUGUGGAAAAGUAUUGGAAGGAAAAAUUUCAAUUAGUAAUCUUCUUUUGGGACCACAAACGUCUCUUGUUGCACUCUUAGUGGACGCUGGUGAGGAACAAACAGCUUCAAAACCUUCGUCCAUUGAGGACGUAAGCCGCAGCACUGCAGCGUCUUUCCAAGUGUACUGCAAAGCAUGUGAUUCUGUACAGCGAGGAAAAUUGCGAGUAUAUUGUUCUGAAUGCUCGUCGAGCUCCGUUUUACUGAGGCAGGAUCCAUCCGGCUGGGACGAUGUUUUGAAACCCUCAAGAAUAACUGCUGACUGUCAAGAGUGUGGUCAAGAAAUUCCUGCUAGAUUCUGUUUCAAAUGUGUUCGGUGCGAUGAAAUGGCUUUGCCGCUUAUUCACUUUCGUGGCUCUACGAUGGGAAGUGAAUGUUGUAUAUGCGGUGAAACUAUAACAGAAGUGGUUGUUGACCUGGGCUGCCAUCAUAGCAUUUGUUUGGCAUGCUUUGUUGCUUAUAUGAAUACUACAUUCCGGCAACAACAGUUCAUUUUGAGGCCACCAUAUGGUUACACGCUUUCGUGUCCUAUAUAUAACUGCAAUGGUUGCGUGGCCGAUCCUCACCACUUUUACCUUCUGGGGAAAGAACAGUACGAAUCUUACAAGAAACAGGCGGCCGAAAAAUUUGUUGCUUUAAAUGAAGGAGGAAUUUUUUGUCCCAAUCCGAAAUGUGGAGCAGCUUUUAUAUGGGAUCCACAAGAAGAGGACCGAAUGGUUCGUUGUCCUCACUGUCAGUGUAAGUUCUGUGGAGAAUGCCGUUUACAAAAAUGUGUAUGUGACGAAGCUGAUGCAACACGAGCUACAAUACGAACACUAUGUAAGAAAUGUCCUUCUUGUGGCGCCCAAACUGAGCGGAGUGGAGGGUGUACGCAUAUGCACUGUAUACACUGCAAUGCACAUUGGUGUUUCGUAUGUGUUAAACUUUGGACGGAAGAUUGUCAGUGGAAUCACUGGUUUGACUAA